AUGACAGGAAGGAACGAUAUCUUCAUACUGAUGAAGAGGAUGAACGCUGCUCUGACAGCUGAUGCUCUUCAUCAUCAUACACCUCAGAGUCCAGAAACCCAGAGAGCAGCAACUCAGGGACCAGAAACAGAGACCAGCAACUCAGAGACCAGCAACUCAGAGACCAGAAACUCAGAGACCAGAAACCCAAAGACCAGCACCUCAGAGUCCAGAAACCCAGAGAGCAGCAACUCAGGGACCAGAAACUCAGAGACCAGCAACUCAGAGACCAGAAACAGAGACCAGCAACUCAGAGACCAGCAACUCAGAGACCAGAAACCCAAAGACCAGCACCUCAGAGUCCAGAAACCCAAAGACCAGAAACUCAGAGUCCAGAAACCCAGAGAGCAGCAACUCAGAGUCCGGAAACCCAGAGAGCAACAACUCAGGGACCAGAAACAGAGACCAGCAACUCAGAGACCAGCAACUCAGAGACCAGAAACUCAGAGACCAGAAACCCAGAGAGCAGCAACUCAGGGACCAGAUACCCAGAGAGCAGCAACUCAGGGACCAGAAACUCAGAGAGCAGCAACUCAGAGACCAGAAACAGAGACCAGCAACUCAGAGACCAGCAACUCAGAGACCACAAACAGAGACCAGCAACUCAGAGACCAGCAACUCAGGGACCAGAAACCCAAAGACCAGAAACAAAGACCAGCAACUCAGAGACCAGAAACAGAGAGCAGCAACUCAGGGACCAGCAAUUCAGAGACCACAAACAGAGACCAGCAACUCAGAGACCAGCAACUCAGAGACCACAAACAGAGACCAGCAACUCAGAGACCAGAAACUCAGAGACCAGCAACUCAGAGACCAGAAACAGAGACCAGCAACUCAGAGACCAGCAACUCAGAGACCACAAACAGAGACCAGCAACUCAGAGACCAGCAACUCAGAGACCAGAAACAGAGAUCAGCAACUCAGAGACCAGAAACAGAGACCAGCAACUCAGAGACCAGCAACUCAGAGUCCAGAAACCCAGAGAGCAGCAACUCAGGGACCAGAUACCCAGAGAGCAGCAACUCAGGGACCAGAAACUCAGAGACCAGCAACUCAGAGACCAGAAACAGAGACCAGCAACUCAGAGACCAGCAACUCAGAGACCACAAACAGAGACCAGCAACUCAGAGACCAGCAACUCAGGGACCAGAAACCCAAAGACCAGAAACAGAGACCAGCAACUCAGAGACCAGAAACAGAGAGCAGCAACUCAGGGACCAGCAAUUCAGAGACCAGCAACUCAGAGACCACAAACAGAGACCAGCAACUCAGAGACCAGCAACUCAGAGACCAGCAACUCAGGGACCAGAAACCCAAAGACCAGCAAUUCAGAGACCAGAAACAGAGAGCAGCAACUCAGGGACCAGCAAUUCAGAGACCAGAAACAGAGAGCAGCAACUCAGUGACCAGAAACAGAGACCAGCAACUCAGAGUCCAGAAACAGAGAGCAGCAACUCAGGGACCAGCAAUUCAGAGAGCAGCAACUCAGAGUGUCAUGGUCUGGGCCGGCACCCGACGGCCAAAAGAAAGAAAAACCAGAACAGGGAGGGCGGAGGGGGCCCAGGACGGAGGGACGAAGUCCAAAACAAAGACAGUUCAGGUCCGGUGGGCGGCCGCGAGGAAGACGGCGGCGACAACGUCCAGAACGUGGCUUGGGCGACGGCGUGGCAGCCGCAGGACCGGGUGAGGCUAACGCAGAGGCAGAAGCUGAAGCCGGCGAAGCAGAAGCUGAAGCCGAGGCUGGACCAGGCGAAGCAGAAGAUGAAGCCGGCGAGGCUAACGCAGAGGCAGAAGCUGAAGCCGGCGAAGCAGAAGCUGAAGCCGAGGCUGGACCAGGCGACAGCAUGGGAGCCGGCGGUGACGGAGCAACAGCUGCAGAGUCAGCAGGCGUGGAAGCCUCUGGCUGGAGACAGGCAGGGCCAGCGGGCGCGGAAGCCCCUGGCUGAGGAGCGGCCGGGCCAGCGGGCGCGGAAACCCCUGGCUGAGGAGCGGCCGGGCCAGCGGGCGCGGAAACCCCUGGCUGAGGAGCAGGAGAGCUCACAGCUGGCUCUGGAUGCUGUGGCUGCAGGUCCGGGAACAGAACAGGAUGGUGGAUGA